CACAACCCCGUCGCUCAGUAAGCGUAAACAAAGCAAAAAAAGGAAAAGAAAAACCAACAAAAGCAGCGAUUUAUUCGCUUUAAACGACUGAAGCGAAUAAAACAAAGUUACCAGCUGCACAAUAUUAAACGGGUUAUGGAUACAGGAGGCGCAACGACGCGGAGGGUGAGGGAGCUGCCGCCUCUCCCACCGAGAGGCCAGCGAUCUCUUCCCACGAUGUUGAGUCAAGACACAACAGAAGAUGUUCCAGCACCAAAGCACAAGAAGAAGAGAGUGAAAAAAGAGACAAAUGGGGUGGAUGAUACAGACGAUCAGGGGAUGGAGAUGGGAGGCAUGGGCAGCCGCAGGGCUUCUGGAAUCGGGGAUCAUCUGACCCUUGAAGCCACAGUGGAGGCCCCGCCACAGAGGAGGAGGAAGAAGAAGAAAACUGCCACUAUAGAUCUUGAGGACGACCACGCCGACCUGGUGAACGGAGACACCGCGGACCAGACCACAGAUGGAGAAGAAGUGGUCAGGAAACCCCGAAAGAAAAAGAAGUCCAAAGUUGUCGAGACGCAGCUUCCCGAUGAGCUGGACGUACCGGAGGAUGACAUCAUCAGCGACACCCCUCCUCCAUUGCCCCAGCAUUCCCUGUUCGCCGCCCCACAGAGUCAGAGCCAGCCGGUCGGGAAGGUGUUUGUGGAGAGAAAUAAGCGUUUCCAGGCUGCUGAACGCUCCGAAUGGAGGAAGACCAGCGACGCGAUGGACAACAUGGCAGACUUCCAGCACAUGCAGCCGCUGUGGACCACCAGAGACGUUUCCAUCAGAGUGCAUGGAGGCUUCAGGGUGUUCGGUCUAUACUGUCAGGGCUUCCUGGCGGGCUACGCCGUGUGGAACGUGGUGAUGGUGUACAUGCUAGCCGGGCAGCACCUCACCGCCCUGUCCAACCUGCUGGAGCAGUACCAAAGCGUGGCGUAUCCCUCCCAGUCUCUGCUCUACAUGCUGCUGGCCAUCAGCACGGUGGCAGCCUUCGACAGGGUGAAUCUGGCCAAAGGCCCCGUGGCUCUGCGGGAGUUCAUCACACUGGAUCCGGUGGCUCUCGCCUCGUUCUUGUAUUUCUCAGCGCUCGUCCUCUCUCUGAGCCAGCAAAUGACCAGCGAUCGGAUCAACCUCUAUUCCAACAACACGACACUACUGCCUACAGGGUUGGAGCACCAGAUUCUCCACCCAUGGGUGACUGUCAACCUGGUGGUGGCCCUGCUGGUGGGCCUGGCCUGGAUUUUAAUUGCCAUCAGACCUGAGACAGACUACACGGAGGGUUACCUAAUGGCCAUGGAGAUUGAGCCUCCAAAGCCAGAUGACAAAUCAGAAAUGACCGCCUGAGAAAAUUAAGGACUUACUGUACAGCUUUGUUGUCAUUUUGCACAUAUUUUUGCAUUUUAUCAUGAAUGUUGUUUAAGUUAUUUUUGUACGUUUGAAAUAUGUUCAAUUCUUUUUAAAUACAGAGAUUUAAAGA